GUUUAAGCCGUUUUUUCCAUACCAAGCCUUGCAAGAAUUUGAAGAAGAUGAAGAACUUAUCCAUAUUCAACAGUGGGCACUUACUGAAGGCCGGCUUAAAGUUACACUGUUAGAAUGUAGCAGGUUACUCAUUUUUGGAUCCUAUGACAGAGAAACAAGUGUUCAUUGCACACUUGAGUUGAGCAGUGGUGUUUGGGAAGAAAAACAAAGGAGUUCUAUUAAGACGGUUGAAUUAAUAAAAGGGAAUUUACAAAGUGUUGGACUUACACUUCGUCUUGUUCAGUCAACUGAUGGUUAUGCUGGGCAUGUCAUAAUUGAAACUGUGGCCCCAAACUCACCUGCUGCCAUUGCAGACCUUCAGCGAGGAGAUCGGCUCAUUGCUAUUGGAGGUGUGAAAAUCACAUCGACCCUGCAGGUGUUAAAGCUCAUCAAGCAGGCUGGGGACCGAGUCCUGGUGUACUACCAAAGACCCGUCGGUCAGGGUAACCAAGGGGCAGUGCUGCAAGACAGUCUGGGCCAGCUGGAAGAAAACUUCCUAUCAAGCACCUGCCAGCCAUGUUAUGAGGAGGAAGCUGCAGGGUUGCCAGUGGAUACUGAGAAUAGAGACCUGGACUCUGAAUUUGAAGACCUGGCAAGUGACGCCAGAGUGCAGACAGAGCUGAAAGAGGAGGCACAGCCGUCAAGUCACAGCCCCAGACGCACGCCAUCAACACUCUCCAUUAAACCCCUUGGCGCUAUAUCCCCAGUUUUAAAUCGAAAACUAGUUUCAGGAAUCCAUCCACCACCACAGAAACUUGCAUCUAAAGAAGGAAAUAAACCAUCAGCUCUAAAAGCUUCAGAGUCCACGGAAGCAGCACCCGUGUCCAAACCCCAAGGACCCCCUUUCAAACCACCCGUGCCACCACGACCACAGGUGAAAAUUCCUCUGCCUUCCACUGACGCCCCCACUCAGGCAGACCCAGAAGCUGCUGAAAAGCCAGAGAAGGUGCUGCCCCCUCCUCCUCCGGCAGAGAAACCCACCGAAAAGCAGGGGAGGAGUGUGGAUCACCCGGAAGACAUGGCAGCAGGGAAGUUGUCCUCAGCAAAGCCAGAACUGGGGAAGGACCUUCCUGCAGAAAGUUGUGGGCCUACUAAGGACACUUCAGACGACCAUCAGAUGUGGGAAUCGUCAGAGGUUCCUUAUCGUAAUAAGGUAGGAAAGUGGUCAAGGACCAGAGCAUCCUGCUUGUUUGACAUAGAAGCCUGCCACAGGUACCUGAACAUUGCGCUCUGGUGCAAGGAUCCUUUCAAGUUAGGAGGCCUCAUCUGUUUGGGUCAUGUUAGUUUAAAACUUGAAGAGGUGGCUUUAGGAUGCCUAGCUACAUCAAACAUGGAAUACCUUUCAAAGUUUAGACUGGAAGCCCCUGCUCCUAAGGCUAUGGUCACUAGAACUGCACUACGCAAUCUGAGUAUGCAAAAGGGCUUCAAUGACAAAUUUUGUUAUGGUGACAUUACUGUUCAUUUCAAAUAUUUGAAGGAAGGAGAACCAGAUCACCACAUAGUUCCUAAUGUAGAGAAAGAAAAAGAACUCCAUUUGGGUGAGGAAGUUGCUGCACUCCCUAAAGAGGAGCAUUUUGUGGGACAGAUGAGUUUGUCAGAAAAUAAACAUAGUUUCCAAGAUACGCAGUUCCAAAACCCAACUUGGUGUGAUUACUGUAAGAAAAAAGUCUGGACAAAAGCUGCUUCCCAGUGUAUGUUCUGUGCUUAUGUUUGUCAUAAAAAGUGUCAAGAAAAGUGUCUAGCUGAGACGCCUCUUUGUGGAGCAACUGAGAGGCGAAUAGACCGUACACUGAAAGCCCUCAGGCUGGAAGGACAGGAACCUCUCAUGGGCCUUCCUCCUCGUGCUGAGAUGGAAGCUAACAAGUCAGUUCAUAAAACAACAGGUUUGACAAGGCACAUCAUUAAUACUAGCUCUCGUUUACUAAAUCUGCGUCAAGUCUCUAAAACUCGCCUUUCUGAACCAGGAACAGAUCUUGUGGAACCAUCACCAAAGCACACACCCAACACAUCGGACAAUGAAGGCAGUGAUACAGAGGUGUGUGGUCCCAACAGUCCUUCCAAACGAGGACACAGUGCGGGAAUAAAGCUAGUGAGAAAGGAAGGGGGGCUGGAUGACAGUGUUUUCAUUGCAGUUAAAGAAAUUGGCCGUGAUCUGUAUAGAGGCUUGCCAACAGAAGAAAGGAUCCAAAAGCUAGAGUUCAUGCUGGAUAAACUGCAGAAUGAAAUUGAUCAGGAGUUAGAACACAAUAAUUCCCUUGUAAGAGAAGAAAAGGAAACAACUGAUACAAGGAAAAAAUCCCUUCUUUCUGCUGCGUUGGUUAAAUCGGGUGAAAGACUACAAGCUCUGACACUUCUGAUGAUCCACUACAGAGCAGGCAUUGAAGAUAUUGAAACCUUAGAAAGCCUGUCUUUGGACCAGCACUCAAAAAAAAUAAACAAGUACACAGACGAUACAGAAGAAGACCUUGAUAGUGAAAUAAGCCAACUGAUAGACUCUCAGCCAUUUAGCAGUAUCUCGGAUGACUUGUUUGGCCCAUCUGAGUCUGUGUAACAAACUAUUUAAACUUUCGGUGGUUGGGGACAAAAUGCAUCUGGAAUGCCACUGGAACAGCCAUGUUUCAGUUCUCUCAAAGGUGCACUUUGGCCUGCUUCUGCAGUUAGUUGCUUGUAAAGAAUGAAAGAUGGUUUUCCAGCAGAAACAUGACGAGCUCACCAAAUUGGCUGUUUGGGUUGUGCUUAUAGUUAAUGGUUUGGGGGUUUAUACUGGGAAUUGGGUUUUAUUAAUUUAUUUUUAACCUUUUCUAAUUAUGUAAGCUAACUUUGUGUUUAUGAAUGUGCGAUGUCUCACUGUCAUUUUUUUUUU